AUGUUUCACAGGUUACUUCGAGCCAUGCCUUCUAAAGCCACGAUGGCCUCGUCAAGUUGGAAUCCUAAGCUCACCCAAGAACAGCUGCUUGUUUUGCGCGAUAAAUUCACUGAGAAGCCUCAUACGGGCGCAUAUUUAAAUAAUAAGGAAAAAGGAGUCUAUCACUGUGCAAAUUGCGAUCAACCACUGUAUAAGAGCACUACUAAGUUUGACGCUGGCUGUGGAUGGCCCGCUUUCUAUGAAGAGAUUAAAAGUGAUGCUCUCACUUAUAAUAGAGACACCACUCACGGUAUGGAGAGGACCGAAAUAUGCUGUAGCAAAUGCAACGGGCAUUUGGGACAUGUAUUUGAGGGUGAAGGGUGGAAGCAGCGGUUAGGCUUGCCCAAAGACACACGGCACUGCGUUAAUAGCUGCUCUCUAUCGUUCAAAAAAGACUACUAG